GGCCCAUUCAGACACGGCAUUUCUUUUCCCUCCGUCGGAAGAUUCUGGUUGGGCGCCUAUCGUUGUCGGAGAGAGAAGAUGAAGAAAAAACUAACUUUUCUUUCAAAUUUUUUAUCACCUACUUAUCAUAUUAACAAAUAACAAUCCCUUCAUAUUAUGUUAACUUCUUGAUCGAUACAAAGCAAAAACAACCCUCCAUCUGUUGUUUUAAUUCCUCCUGUAAGUUUCUCAAACUACUUUCACUUAAUUUCAUCUAAGUUUGUUUAUCUACUGUUUCAUUUUUGUAUGCAAUGCUGUUUAUCUUCGAUCAUGUUCCAUAUUUCGUGUUUAUAGUUUGAGUUCUUGUUUUUUUUUCAAUCAUCUGUUAAGUUUUUUUUCAAUCAUUUGUUCCAUAUUUCGUGUGUAUCUUCAUUUGUUUUUUUACAGGAUGGAGCUUACUUUGACUAAUGAUACAACUAAUCUGAGUUACUGGUUGACAUGGAAGUUCUUACUGUGUGCAAUAUGGGUCUUUACUUCCAUGGUUAUAGCAUCAUAUCUAAUUUGGAAAUAUGAAGGUUCAACUAAUACAGAUAAUUAUAAAGAGGUGAAACAGCAAGAAAGGGUGUGGUUUAAUUAUGAUUCUGAAGCAUGGAUGCCAUGUAUAAAGGGAAUACAUCCUGCAUGGUUAUUGACUUUCCGAAUCAUUUCCUUUUGUUUGCUUCUAGCUGCUGGAACCUCUGAUGUUGCCAUUCAUGGGACUGAUUUAUUUUUCUAUUAUACUCAGUGGACUUUGUCUUUGGUUACCUUUUAUUUUGCGUUUGGGUCAGUGCUCUCGGCUUAUGGAUGUUUGAGGCAACAUAAAAGAUAUGAUGUGGGUGAGGAGCAAGAACUUCUUUUGCCUCUCACCCAUGAGGAGAAUACAAAGAGUCAGCAAGGAAAAAGUCAUUUUUUGCUGACUGCUUCAUUUUGGGGCUACGUAUUUCAAAUCAUGUUCCAGAUGAUUGCUGGGGCAGUGAUGCUGACAGAUUCUGUUUAUUGGAUAGUGAUGGCUCCAUUCCUUACGGUCGUAGGUUAUGAAAUGGGUUUUUUGACGGUUGUUGCACAUUCACUUAAUCUUGUUUUGCUCCUUGGGGACACAGCCUUGAAUAGCUUGGACUUCCCUUGGUUCCGAAUUUCAUACUUUCUAUUAUUGACUAGUUUCUACGUGCUUUUUGAGUGGAUUCUUCAUGCCUUUGUUGCAACUUGGUGGUCAUACCCAUUUCUUGACUUAUCAGUAGAAUACGCUCCAUUGUGGUAUUUGAUCGUUGCAUUAUUGCAUCUUCCAUGCUACACCAUCUUUUUGCUUGUUGUUAAACUUAAAUAUCACAUAUUGUCUCGACGGUUUCCUGAUGCUUUUCAAUCUUUGAGAUGAUUGUUUUAUGUUGAUGAGCAUAUUCUUUUGUAUAUGACUCUAGUAUUCUUUUUCUAUGAAUCAUACAAAAGAAAGCAUUUUUUAAAACUUUUAAUCCUCAUGUAAAUGAAUGGUGAAUUCUAGUUUUUGGUUCAAAUGGCACAACUAAUACAAGCUUGUGUGGGUUUCUCUUCA